CCUUUUCAGAGAAACCCACAUACAUGACUCUUUCCUGUCCCUCAGGAAACACCACCUUCCUCCCUCUGGAGGACAGAUCUUGUGAGCUGUUUUUCACCGCUUGUAGCUCUCAUAUUUUUAUGAAAAGACUACAAACCAAUGCGAGAGGCUGUCUCGGACUGGGAGACAGCUCCACAGAGAGUGCAGACCUUGAAUGGAAAGAUCCUCCAGAGACCAACAGGCUGGAUUCUGAGACAGCAGCAGUUUAAGGCUUUCAGUUUGGAGGAAAGACCUGCCCCCAGUUGCUCUGUAUCCUAAGAGUAGUCCUGCCUGAGAGUCUAUUGGGAGAAGUCCAUUUCUAAUCUGGAUCCUUAAGAUAGGAAGAUUCAGCUUUAACCUGGACCACAUCUCCUGCUGGCAGCCUAGAUAAAGGACAUGGAAGAAGGAAGCUUGCUCUCUUUGCCUCUUUGCGUUCACUCUCACUGGCACGUCCAUUCCUUCACUGGCAUUAGAGCAUAUUUCUUCAGGACUCCAGUGUAUACUAGAGAUCAGCCGAGACAUCCAGACUCGUCCACUGAACAACUACUGGAUUCUUGACAUCCUAUUGGUAGACAGACAUUGUUGGACUGGCUGGACCAGAGACUAAACAAAAAUGGAAAUUCUUCAGGAGGUUGUAAAAGGCGGAAAGAAAGGUGGCUGCACCUCGGGGUCACUGAGGAUCCUCCUGGUGGGCAAAUCUGGCAGCGGGAAAAGUGCCACAGGGAACAGCAUCCUCCGACGACCAGCAUUUGAGUCCAGGCUAAGAAGCCAGUCCGUCACCAGGACCAGCCACGCAGAGAUGGGCUCAUGGGAGGGAAGGACCAUCCUAGUAGUAGACACGCCUCCCAUUUUUGACUCAAAGGCCCAAGACCAAGACAUAGACAGGGACAUUGGAGACUGUUACCUGCUGUGUGCCCCAGGACCCCAUGUGUUGCUGCUGGUGACCCAGCUGGGACGCUUCACAGCUGAAGAUGCCAUGGCUGUCAGGAGGGUGAAGGAGGUCUUUGGGGUGGGGGUCAUGAGGCACAUGAUUGUCCUCUUCACCCGCAAGGAAGACCUGGCAGAUGGGUCCUUGGAAGAGUUUGUGACCCACACUGACAACCGCAGCCUGUGCAACCUUGUCUGGGAGUGUGGAAGGAGGUACUGUGCCUUCAAUAACAGGGCCUCCGGGGAGGAGCAGCAGGGGCAGCUGGCCGAGCUCAUGGCCCUGGUGAGGAGGCUGGAACAGGAGUGUGAGGGUUCCUUCCACAGCAAUGACCUCUUCGUUUAUGCUCAGGUGCUCCUUAGAGGUGGCUACAGUGAGCAGCAGGAUCCACACAGGUUCUACCUGGCCAAGGUGAGGCAGGAGGUGGAGAAGCAGAAGCGGGAGCUGGAGGAGCAGAAGGGCAGAUGGGUUCUCAAGGUGCUCCCCAGAGGCAAAAAGUCGGUGGCUUUGCACUCGGAUUUUUGUGCGUCUUUGGUGUUGUCCAUAUUAAUCUUCUUUGUUAUUUUUCUUCUUAUAUUUUAUAAUGUUUGAUGCUCUGCAGUUUAAAGGCCACUCUCCUGUGUUGGGAUGACACACAAAUACUGUGUUUUCUACUUAUGGGGGGAAAAAAGUGUAUCCUGGUGUUUUCAACUGUUAAUUGAGCCAGCAACAGGCUAGCAGGAUAUGUAAAUGUUCGUCACUUCCUGGCCCCCAAAAGAAAGGCAAGCUGUCCUGGGGAAGGUGGUCUUGCUAGAACUGGUUGAGUAAGGAGUGUGGUGGGAUUGGGUAUUUGUUUGCUUCCUUGUUUGUUUUGUGUAAUAAAGAGCUAGCAGCCUGCACUGGGGCUGGAACAGAAGCAGAGAGUUGCAGACCAAGGCAAAGGAAAGGCAGAAGGGAGACAGAACUAGACAGGGAAGUAAGCAGUGAGUGCUACGCAAAGCUACACAGUCGCGGAGAAGUCGGGUUACAUUAGAGGCUUGCUGAGAGACUGCCUCAGCAAAAAGCCAACAGCUUUACACUAGAUAGAUGUCUCUGGGUCUUUAUUAUUAAACCUCAAGCGGGAUCCCCGAAAGCCCUGCCAUACUGGUCUGCGGACACUGCUGUUGUGGGCCUCUUCUGUUUCCCCUUUAGAGUUCUGGUUUGGUCCAGGCAUCUCUCCUUAGCUCCUAGGAUGUCUGGUCUAAAUACUUUCCUAUUCUCUUUAUGAAUGAUGGAUCCAGAAAAGAGCCUGCGGGCCCAUGCCAACCAAUGAGAAGUCAAUAAGAGUCCCUGGGGGAGGAGCUACAGGUUUCUCCUUACCCAGGGAGACCCACAGAUAGAAACAGCCUCUCAUCUUGCUCUGAAUGUUGUUUGGUGAGACGGAGGGAACUGAGGUCUCCACCACCCCGCUCCAAAGCUCACCCAGUUUCUGUAUUGCCACCUAGGUUGGCCAAUAACUCUCCCCAGUAGGUGAUUUGAAUUUCAAUUCUGAUAGAACUAGGAGGCAGUUCUAACAAAACCACACCCUGCAGCAGGUUUCACUGGUAGGUUUAUUAAGGGAAAGAGGCACAGAGUCUGCGGGGUCGGGGGGUGUAGAACGAGGUGGGGGAAGGGAAAACAUGGCUUUUUAUGGGGGAGGAGGUGCAUGUUAAUGGCGUGUCUUGUUGUGUGUUCCUGGGAGCUGACUGUGAAGAUACCUGAUUGUCCACCACUAUUUCGGAGUCCCUUUUGGCUCUCCUGAGAUGAGCCUGACUGUUAACAAAGUCUCUUUGCACACAUUUGAAAGCAUUUGAAGUAAUAAAGAAAUCUUCAUAUCGCCUUUA